UUUAACAAUUAUACUGCCAUUAAAAAAAUGAGUAACCAUAUAUAUAAGGAAGUAUGUAACGACAAAAGACCUACAAUCCAGCCAGCAAACAUCACUUCGUUGGAAGCUACUAGAAGCAACAUGAAGCAGCAGGUUAUAGCAGCACUUGUCGCCUUGCUGCUGUGCGUGGCCUCCACUUUCGGUACAGCCACAAGCCGAGCAGGAGCGAGACAAUCACCGCUUGAGCUCCCGGAAUACGGUGGCAACGAGCCUUCGACAUAUAAUGGAUACCUGGAGUGCGGCCUAAGAGAAUUCUCGGGCGAAACUCGCACAAAUUACUGCUGCACGAUACCCUACUAUAACCUGUUCCCGGGGGUGGACCAGACGUGGGCGUCAGCGAACUGCGGUCAGGUGAUCGAGGUUCCUGACCCGCGCAUCCACUACUGCUGCGUGCUGCCCGGCGACCAGCAGCCUCCUCCCGCGGCCAAGACCUCGGCGGUCCCCCAACGCCCGUCUUAUUUACACCCGAUGUACAGCUAUUUAGAGGACCCUUUCUUCUACAACAUGGUCGCUAACAUGCCCUGAUCCACUACAGUCCCCCCCCUCCACCCCUCCCUCCCUCCGCGAGUGAAGAACUGGAAGAGGAGAGGCAACAACACCGUUCAAACCUUCAUUCCCGCCGACAAACGUGUUCUUCACCUGUUUUUUUCUUUCUUUUCUUAAUUCUACAUAAAUCUUUAUUUAUUUAUUUUUUUAAUUUUUAUGCUUUAUACUCCACAACUGUGUAAUACAUAACUUUAGCCAAUGCAUAUGUAUGAAGACUGUUUUGUUUACUUGACGAGGAAAAAUAAAAUGAAAUUAUAACAACUGAUAUCAACAAAAAAAAAUUUUAUUGCAUACUUUCCAUACAAACGAAACUAAAACAUGACACGUUUCGUCCCAUAUUUUAAUCCGCAGAACAGUUUGAUAUAGGGAUUGCAACAGCUGCUAACCUUUUGAUGUAAUGAUACACGUGUGAGUGUAGGACAGUUGGAACUCUGGAAUACGGCAACGAUAAAUCUGUUUGGUUGUGAAUAUUUCAAUGUGGUUUUAGUUUUGCAGCAGGUUGAAUGCAACGUAAGGCCAUAGCGCAGCUUAUUACAACAUGUUUUUAGUAUAUCUGUACAGUAAAUUAAAUAUUUUUCGUACACGUCAUUUGUUUUGAGUAAAUGGUGCAGUAAUAUUCAUGUAAAAUUACAAAUAUGUGUAAACUUAUGUGAAAAUAACGUUAUCACUAAAAUAUAGUGUUCGCACUUA